GGCCGACAAGGCGCCACCAUAUAUCGAGGCUGCGUUCCAAAAACAGUUUGAGUCGCCCUCGCUCACUUGCCCUCAGCACUUGCCCUCGGGGGAAUCCCCACCGCCAUCAUAAGGGCUGUUCCAUUUCUCUAAACAGCUGAAGUGAACUUGGUGAGAUCGACCCUUGAGGGCUGAGUGAUCGAGUCAACAACGAUGGUCACUCCAGCUGUAUAUCACCCAUAAUGCAUUGCAGUGGUGCACGAAAAAUAUGUCCAUGCGGUGGCGAUAAUGAACCUCAAACACCGUUGGCUGCUGUCUAUUUACCACCAAAGAAGAAGAAAAUGAAUUAAGGAGCCAGCACGGGUCGGUAUUUAAUUGUGCAAUUAGACUGUCCGUGGCAGUUAUGGCAGAACCCACCGUUUACAAGUGGUCUGAUGAGGAGACGGAGCUCCUCAUAAAGCUCAGAAUGAGAAAGGAAGCUCUCUUUACUGGCAAAAGAAAUGCCUCAAAGCUGGCCUGGGAGACAAUUGUACAGAAGAUGGGUCUGCAGGGGAGGCUGACAGCAGCACAGGCGGCUAAAAAGUGGGAGAACCUAAAAAAGAAAUACAAGGACCUGAAAGCCCCCCCUACUGGAGCAGGAACAGAUCAGGGGGAGGAAAAGGCAGAUAGCUGGCAGUGGUUUCCCCUGAUGCAUGAGGCAAUUGGGUCACGGCCAUCAGUAACACCACCUGCCCUUAUUGCCUCAUGCACAGGGGAAACACCAACAACGAGCAGCACUGCCACUGCCAGCAGUCUGCCAGGACCUCCAGAGAGACCCACACUAUCAUCAUCAUCAUCAUCAGCAUCAUCAGCAUCAUCAUCAUCAGCAUCAUCAGCAUCAUCAUCAUCAUCACCACAACCACCACCACCACAACAACCACAUUCAUCUCCACCUAAAAAAAGAGCCCGGAGGGAGCGCCUUGUUGACCUUAUCCUGAGGGAAGGAGAGAGGGAUGAGGACCGCUUUCAGCAUUUGGAGGCACAGACAGACAGGCUUCUGAACAUUUUUGAGAAGAUGGUGGACAAAAUGUAAUCAUGGUCCAGUAGCUGUUGGACAGGUGCGGAGAUGCGGCCUGCCAGCCUUUCUCUAAGUGCUGCUCCACCGGCCUCAACAGCAAGAGGGGCAAGAGGGAUAUUGUCCGCCCAAGCUUCCUGGACUGGCUCCUCAAUAUCCCCCACACCCAGGCAUAUGUUAUGCAGUACAGCACAACAGGUGAUGACAGAUGGCACAAACGUUGUGUCAACUUCCAGGGCCUUAAAGAAGAUGCUGCGCCAUCGAGUCUUCAUCAUUCCAAAGGACCUUUCAAUAACUGAA